GGCCGGCGAGCAGCUGUGGGCGCCGCGCGAGCCUGGCCGUUGCCGGUUGUGCCACCGAUCACCGGCGUCCUCUCUUCCGGUCCUACCUCAGGGUGGCCGACAUGACGGCCGCCGGUCGCAGCCCCUUGGAGCCGCUCUUGGAGACCUGGGAAGACCCUUCGGCCUCCCCUGGAGAGCAGACGGACGCCUACCUAAGCUUGACCAGUCGUAUGACUGGAGAAGAAGGAAAAGAAGUCAUUACAGAAAUUGAGAAAAAUCUUCCUCGGCUGUAUAGAGUUCUAAAGGCUCACAUUUCCAGUCAAAACUCAGAACUGAGUAGUGCUGCCCUACAGGCCCUGGGAUUUUGCUUAUAUAAUCCCAAAAUUACCUCAGGAUUAUCAGGGGCAAAUAUUCAAGAAUUGCUUUUAAAAUUGAGCAGUAUCAUUAAGAGUUCAGACAAAAAUGUAUGUACCAGGGCACUUUGGGUAAUAUCCAAACAGACAUUUCCUACUGAAGUUGUCAACAAAAUGGUAUCUAGUAUAAUUGAUUCACUGGAAGUAGUAUUAAACAAAGGAGGGACACAUUCUGCUGUUGUUGAUUUUGAAGCAUUAAAUGUUAUUAUAAGGCUAAUUGAACAAGCCCCAAUUCAAAUGGGAGAAGAGUCUGUGAGGUGGGCCAAAUUGGUUAUACCAUUAGUUGUUCAUUCAGCACAAAAAGUACAUUUGCGGGGAGCCACUGCUCUAGAGAUGGGAAUGCCAUUGUUGCUUCAGAAACAACAAGAAAUAGCAUCAAUUACAGAGCAUCUUAUGACUACUAAAUUAAUCUCAGAACUCCAAAAGCUAUUUGUGAGUAAAAAUGAGACCUAUGUGUUAAAAUUAUGGCCUUUGUUUGUCAAGCUUCUUGGAAAGACCUUGCAUCGAAGUGGAAGUUUCAUCAAUUCUUUGUUACAGCUAGAAGAACUAGGAUUUCGUAGCGGAACACCCAUGAUUAAGAAAAUAGCUUUUAUUGCUUGGAAAAGUUUAAUAGAUAAUUUUGCUUUAAAUCCAGAUAUACUUUGUAGUGCAAAAAGACUCAAGUUGUUGAUGCAGCCUUUGAGUUCCAUCCAUGUGAGAACAGAAACUCUAGCACUAACAAAACUAGAAGUCUGGUGGUAUUUACUGAUGAGACUUGGACCUCAGCUUCCUGGCAAUUUUGAACAGGUCUGUGUGCCUCUGAUUCAGAGUACAAUAAGUGUUGAUAAUAGUACCUCACCUCAAGGCAGUUCUUCCCGGGGAUCUGCUUCUCAAGGCUUAAGUCCUGUGACUUCUGUACACAAAGGUGCUUCCAUCUAUGGAGUUCCUGUAACUCCCCGCAUGAACUCGAGUUCAAACAUAGGAGGAAUGGCUACCAUCCCUUCCAUUCAACUUUUGGGACUUGAAAUGCUGCUUCAUUUUUUGUUGGGUCCAGAAGUCAUGAGUUUUGCUAAACAGCACAAACUUGUAUUGAGCUUAGAGCCACUGGAAUACCCAUUAAUUGGCAGCCCUUCUUUUUUCUCCAAACAUGCAAAUACACUUAUCACUGCUGUUCGUGAUAGCUUUGUUGCAGUUGGAAAAGAUGCUUCAGAUGCAGUAGUCAGUGCUAUCUGGAACGAGCUGAUUAACUUGGUGAAAUCAGUUACUGAAUCAGGAAGUAAAAAAGAGAGACCAGGUUCUGAAGCUUUGACUCUUCUACUAAAAUCCUUGGAAAACAUAGUGAAGUCAGAAGUAUUUCCUGUAUCAAAAGCAUUGGUCCUCAUGGAAAUUACAAUUAAAGGACUUCCUCCAAAAGUAUUAGGUUCUCCAGCAUAUCAGGUUGCUAAUAUGGAUAUUCUUAAUGGAACUCCAGCAUUGUUCUUAAUCCACUUAAUUUUCAACAACAAUCUUUUGGAAUGUGGUGUAGCAGAUGAAAGGUUUUUUCUCAAUCUGCAAACACUUGUUGGGUGUGUGCUUUCUGGUCCAACUUCACCACUAGCUUUUAGUGAAUCUGUACUAAAUGUUAUUAAUCAGAAUGCAAAGCAGUUGGAAAACAAGGAGCAUCUUUGGAGAAUGUGGAGUAUUAUAGUCACUCCAUUAACUGACUUGAUUAAUCAGACCAAUGAAGUGAAUCAGGGUGAUGCCUUAGAACAUAAUUUUAGUGCCAUCUAUUGUGCACUGACUUUACCAAUAAACAAUAUUUUUUCAACUCAGACAUUUCCCAUGACUGCCACGAAGAUGUUACUUAAAACUUGGUCAGAAUUAUAUAGAUCAUUUGCUCGCUGUGCUGCUCUAGUGGCAACAGCAGAAGAGAAUUUGUGCUGUGAAGAACUUUGUUCCAAGAUAAUGUCCAGUUUGGAAGAUGAAGCCCUUUCAGAUUUGUUGUUCUUAGACAGGAUCUCUCAUAUUAUUACUGUAAUGGUGGAUUGCAUUGAUUUUUCACCAUAUAACAUCAAAUACCAGCCCCAAAUCAAAUUACCACAGAGAUCUUCAGAUUGGGCCAAAAAAAAGAAGGAGCCCCUAGGGAAACUGGCUUCUUUAUUUAAGCUUCUUGUGAGAAUGAUCCAUUCUUUCCAAGCUCUGAGCUACAAGGAAGUACAUACUGAUACACUACUUGCUAUCGGUACCUCAAUCACCAGCAUACUUUCCAAUGUAUUUGGACACAUUUCUUUGCCUUCUAUGAUCCGAGAAAUAUUUGCAACUUUAACAAGACCUCUGGCAUUAUUGUAUGAAAACUCAAAGUCUGAAGAGGUUCCUAAAGUAUAUAGUUGUCUGAACAACAAGUUAGAAAAGCUGCUAGGAGAAAUUAUUGCUUGUCUACAGUUCAGCUACACUGGAACUUACGACAGUGAACUCCUUGAACAACUCUCCCCGCUACUAUGCAUGAUAUUUCUGCACAAGAAUAAACAGAUUCGAAAACAGAGUGCUUUGUUCUGGAAUGCUACAUUUGCUAAAGUGACAGUGCUGGUUUAUCCUGAGGAAUUAAAGCCAGUACUAAGACAAGCCAAACAAAACUUUCUGCUUCUGUUGCCUGGUUUGGAAAAUGUUGAAAUGAUGGAGGAAUCCAGUGGACCAUAUUCAGAUGCAACAGAAAAUUCACAAUUAAACAUCAAGAUAAGUGGCAUGGAAAGAAAAUCAAGUGCAAGAAGAGAUUCCUUUUUGGCACAGACAAAGGAUAAAAAGGAAAAUAUGAAACCAUCAGCCAAAUUGAAAGUAGAAUCUUCAUCUCCAAAAAUAAAGAGUGAUAAGCUAUUGGAAGAGGAAAAGUCUGUUGAUUUUGUAUUUAUACCUCCAGAAGGAAAAGAUUCAAAGCAAAGAAUACUAACUGAACACCAAAAAGAAGUACUCAAAGCAAAGCGGUAUGAUAUUCCUGCCUUAUAUAAUAAUCUGGAUGUUUCACAAGAUACUUUACUUUCUGCUCAAUUUAGUCAGGAAGAAUCUAUGGAAAGUCUCCUUUUAACUGAAAAACCAAAAGAAGAUUCCAAGAUGAUGAUUAAGGAGGAGCAAGGGGAGAGUGACAUUUUCAUCCCUCAAGAUGCCAUGGAAAGCUGUGGUAUGGAUGAACAUCUUGAAAAGCCUUCUUUAUCAAAUGAGUAUGAUUCUGUUGCCAAAACCAAUCCAGAAAUUCCAAGCAUUAAUAAAGACACCAAGAAAAACACUUUAAUUUCAUCAAUGAAAAUGUCACCUGAGUGUACAUCUAGUGCAGAAAGUUCAUUGGUGGUCAGCAGUAGCUCAGUUUCUAAUGCCACAGUUUCUGGAACUCCUCCACAGCCUACAAGUCGGAGGCAAUCCUUUAUUACUUUGGAGAAAUUUGAUGGUUCAGAAAAUAGGCCUUUUAGCCCAUCCCCCUUGAAUAAUAUGUCAUCCCCAGUUACAGUGAGAAAUAACCAGGAGAACACAACUAAAACAGAUACUCCAAAAAUAAGGAAAAGAGAAGUAGCUCUCUCGAAAUCUGACUCAGAAAAACCAGUGAAUGGAAUUAAGAGAUCAGGCCGGAGAUCAAGUAAAUCUGAACAGUCAGGUAAUAAAAGGUCCAAGCCUUUACUGAAAUCUGAACAGGAGGAGCAUGCUCAGUCUAUGGAAGGCACAAUAGCCUUAGAAAAUAACCCUCUUGAUUUGCUCAAUCAAACAGAAUGUAUGUCACAUAUUCAAGACUACCUUUCUGAAGCUGCCAUAGUGCAUGAAGAUACAGAACCCAAGUCAACAGUAGAAGAUGUAUUGGAAAACAAAACCACAGAAGAGAGAAACAUAGGCAUUAAUGUGGAAUCCAAAGAAAAUACACCCCCAGCUUCAACACCAACAGAUCAGGUGGAAAAUGAAGAUAGUCAGGCUGUAGUAGCUACAAAUCCAGUAACCCUCAGACGGUCUUCAAGGCGACGUUCAGAACUAGUAGAGUCUUCCACUGAUAGCCAAGAUAAAGAAAAUAGUCAGCAAAGAAAGGAGAGACGUAAGGAGGAUGAAAAAACAGUUCAGAAGAGUUCAUCACAUGUAAAAGAUGAUAAAUUGCCCAAACAAAAGCUAACUGCUGAUCAAACUAUACAGGAAAGUUUAACUGAAAAAGGAAAUGAAUUACAUGAGAAAACUUCAGGGGAACCCAGUGCUAAUGUUGAAAUUGACCAAAAUAAAAGAAAACCAGACCUUGAGAACGUUCGUUCUGAGGGAGAUGGUGCCCAGGACAUUGUUGAUAAGUCUUCUGAGAAACCUUUAAGGGGACGAACACGUUAUCUAACAAGAAGAGCAUCUCAGGGGUUGCUUUCCAGCAUUGAAAACUCAGAAUCUGAUAGUUCUGAGGCAAAAGAAGAAGUUUCUAAAAAGAAACGAACUGGAAAAUGGAAAAACAAAAGCAAUGACAGCGUUGAUGUUGAAGAACAAGAAGGAAAAACUGUUGAAGACGAAUGUAUAAAAACUGACAAUCAAACAGAUGAUUGUAAAGCAUUUUCUGAAGUUCAUGUAGACACAGGGGCUCAGAAUUGUGAAAAAAGUGAAAGUAAUAUUGUAACCCCCCAGGAUUCUACUGGAUCUUCAGAUUUGAUGCAAAUUUCUGUUCCACCAGCUAUAUAUGAGGAAAAAAGUAAGCCUAGCAAAUGUGCAGACUACUCAUUUGCAAGUCCGCCUGUGCCAGAAUCAAGCCUAAGGACUAGAAAUGCCAGCAAGAGAUUACAUAAGCGAGAUUCUAAUAACAGUGUGAGAGAAUGCUCUAAGACAGGGAAACCAGAUGUCUCUGUGCCUUCCGGAAAAUGUGUCCAAGCACUUGAAUGCCAGCACAAGAGAAGCAGGAGAGUCAGGAGAUCCAAAGGUUGUGACUGUUGUGGUGAAAAAUCACAACCCCAGGAAAAGUCAUUCAUUGGGUUAAAGAACACAGAGAAUUAUGCCCUAAAGAGUGUGGAAACAAAAAAGACAGAUGUGCAAGCACCUGGGACUGUAUCAGAAACUUACGAAGCUAAUCAGUACUCAGAACAACCCGAUGUGAAUUUUGGUUUGGGACUUAAGGAGGACAAUGGAACUGUUGAUAAUUUAAUUACAUCUGAAACGGAGUUGAAAGAAGAUACUCAAAACUCUCUAAUGUCUGAAGAAAUAGUAAAUAUGAAAGAAAAAACCUGUGAUGGUUCUAGUGAAGCAGUAUCUGAAAGCCAAGAGCCGUGUAGUGAAAAAGACAAAGAUGUGGACCCAGCUUUAAGUGAUUCCAAGGGCAUGUCACAGGAAUGUUUGUCUUUAGACACCAAAGCAGAAAAUCCAGAAGCUACCCUCAAAAGAGAACUAAACACUGAUGAUGAAGUAAAUACGUGCAGAGUAGUAACAGGAUCCAGUCCAGAGGAAGUAGAAGCCAUGGUAUUAGAUGCAGCAAAUGAUACAUCGGAAGCUGUCUUUGAAAAAGAGAGCUCCCAAACUGAUAUUCCUGAAGAAAUGGCAACAGAGGAAAGUGAUAAAAAAGAUGAACCUGAAGCAGGCACAGCAGGAGUUAGCACAGAAGAAACAGUCACUGAGGGAUUUAAUUCUUGCAUUGGUCUUUCUGAUAGUGCCACGCCUCUAAACACAAAUGCUCAGACUGAGGUUUCUGAGGAACUAGCAGGUGGAGAGCUAGGAGGAAGUAAUGAAUCUGAUUCCUGCUCAUGUGAAGAAACGAAUAAGGAGAAAGAAAAUGACAAAGAAACAGUGAUAGCUCAGGUGAAUACUGAAAUUGACAGUGCCAGGGUAGAAGAUACAGACACAACUGCUAAUACUUCAAAAGGCAAACAAACUCAGACAGAAGGACUGAAUGUAGAAGCUGACAGUUUUGUUCCUGGCACACUUGAAAUGAACACUGAUGAAGUAAAGACUGACUCUUGCAAAACUGAAACAAACAUGGUACUUGAAGCAAAAUUGGCUGACAAUCAAAUUGCAGUGGAAAAUGACAUUUUGCAGGAAACUCGCCUAACUUUGGAGAAAGUAGAGGAAGUACCACAAUCUCUGACAUCUGAAAUGGCUGCAGAGCUGGUUGCAGAAAGCAGUGAUGCAUCACCAGAAAAAUUAAGAGAACUUGAUCCUUUACUUGGUUCAGCAAAUGAAAGUCCUAGUGGCAUGCAAGCACGUUGUAUCUGGUCACCUUUGGCUUCCCCAUCCACCAGCAUUUUAAAGAGAGGACUAAAACGAUCCCAAGAAGAUGAAAUCUCAUCACCUGUUAACAAGGUUCGCCGUGUCUCGUUUGCAGAUCCAAUAUACCAAGCAGGACUGGCAGAUGACAUUGAUAGGCGUUGCUCUAUUGUUAGGUCUCAUUCUUCAAAUAAUUCUCCCAUAAUUAAAAGUGUUAAAACUUCACCUACUGCACCAUCUAAGCAUAAUACCACUUCAAUCAAAGGAUUUCUGUCCCCAGGAUCACGUAGCUCUAAAUUUAAGAGCUCAAAGAAAUGUUUAAUUGCAGAAAUGGCCAAAGAAUCCAUGUUAUCCCCAACAGAAAGUGUUUACCCAGCUUUGGUGAACUGUGCAGCACCCGUCGACAUCAUUUUACCUCAAAUUACAUCAAACAUGUGGGCAAGAGGUCUAGGACAGCUUAUCAGAGCCAAGAAUAUUAAAACAAUUGGUGAUUUGAGUACGCUUACAGCAUCUGAAAUAAAAACUCUUCCUAUCCGUUCUCCGAAAGUGUCCAAUGUAAAAAAAGCUCUCAGAGUGUACCAUGAGCAGCAGAUGAAAUCUCGUGGACUUGAAGAAAUUCCAGUUUUUGAUAUUUCUGACAAGGCAGUAAAUGGAAUAGAAAGCAAACCUCUUAAUACUGAUGAAGAUAGACUUGUCUCAGAUUUGAUGGAUCCAGUUACUUUAGACACUCCAUUAUCUAGAAAUCUCAUGACACAGAUUAGUGCUCUUGCUCUUCAGCUGGAUUCAGAAGAUCUCUAUAACUAUUCAGGAAGCCAGCUGUUUGAAAUGCAUGAGAAACUUGGCACCAUGGCAAACUGUAUCAUAAAAAAUCUACAGUCACGUUGGAGAUCACCAGCCCAUGAAAAUUCUGUUUAGUAUGUUAAGUGAGAGUUCAAGGUUUUCGAAACCUCACCAGAAAUUUUUUGGUUGUUAAAUUCUGAAAUACUGUACAAUUUAAAAGUCGAGACUUUGCAAAAUUGAUAAAAUAGCAAAUCCUGAAAGCAGUAAAUUAAGUCAGUUUUUAUACAUUCAUUAGUUAAAAUCUCUCUUACCAUAUUUUCUUGGCCAUUACACAGUUUUUUUUAAAUUUAAAUGUGUUACUGAAAUUUGAAAGUAAAAGAAAUGCAUACUUUUUUUGUACUUUCUUAAACUCAUGCAACUUUGGGGACACUUGUAAUACAAAAUAUCUUAAGAUUGAAAUUUAAUUUUCAUUUUGCUGAACUGAUAGAGGUGUUUAUAACUUUUAAAAUUCAUACUUGUUGUACCUGAGGUUCAGGAAAUUUGUUCUUAGUGAAACACCUAAUGAAACACAAAAUAAUUAAACUGUUCCUUGCAGAUGAUACCUUUGAAGAACAUUUAAGAAAAAUACCAAGUUUCAACUUGUUGGGAGUUAAAAUGUUACGCAUAAUUUACUAAGAUUCUGUUCAUUUGCAUUCGCAAAUACUUGUGCAGCAGCAUUUGCCUGUGAUAGAGGACUCUUAUGAGGACAACAUUCACUUCUAAAUGCAUGGCUGUGUGUACAUUAUGUAUAGAAGACAAUGUUUUUUUAUUUAUAAAUUUCAGCCUUCAUUAAUUGCAUGAGUUUUUGCAGCUUGUGAAUAUGUUGGUUUUGUUUAAUAGAAACAUUUGUAUAUAUUUAAUAACAAAAUCCAUGUGGUCAGUGAAAAUGCUUCAUGGACUGUGGAUAUUUGUAGGAUUCUUUAUUGACAAAUAAAGCAACAGAUAGUUUUGUAUUUAGUUACAACAUGAGUUUUCUGGGGUUUGUUUUUUUUUU